CAGACGGAGCAGGUUCCACACUGAUACAUAUUUUGUUCUCAGUGGUUUUUGUAACCUUUGGAUUAUUCUAUAUUUUAAUACAUUCAACUGAAUUUGGUAAAGUCCUUGAACUUGUGAGCCAGGUUCUUGGAGCCCAGUGAAGAUGACCUUUCGCUGGCUCUGGCUUCUGGUAGUGACAAUCGCCUUUUUCCCAUUCUCCCAAUGCACAAAUGAGAAGGUGAAAACUGGGGACGUCUAUCAUGGCAACUACAAAAGACGAGUCAAGAGGGACUUUGUAUGGAAUUCCAUGACAAUCGAGGAGGAACAAAAAACUGCCCUGCCACAUUUUGUUGGUCAGCUCCAGGCCAAUGAAACAAAUAAAGAUGUUGCUAAAUUUGCCAUUGAUGGAGAAGGAGCCAACACUACCUUCAAGGUGAAUGAAGAGAAUGGAGAAAUAUAUUGCUUUGAAAUGUUGGAUCGAGAGAAAAAGGCACAAUAUAGGCUCUCUGCAAUCCUGGUUAAUAAAUAUACUGGCAAAACCCUGGGGCCCAAAUCUAUCUUUACUAUUAGAGUGCGUGAUAUUAAUGAUAACGCCCCCAUAUUCACAAAGAAUAUAUAUAAUGCAUCCGUUCCUGAAAUGUCUCCAACAGGCACCUUGGUAACUACAGUUACAGCCUUGGAUGCCGAUGAUCCCACAUUAGCUGGGCAUGCCAAAGUAGCCUAUCAAAUCACAAAAGGACAAGACCACUUCACAAUUAAUAACAUGGGAUCCAUAUAUACAGCAGUUCCCUAUCUGGAUAGAGAAGAAAAAGCAACUUAUGAGAUAACUGUGGAAGCCAGAGAUGUACCCGGUCAGAAGAAUGGACACACAAGUACAGCCACUAUCAUCAUUCACUUGAUUGAUAUUAAUGACAAUUUUCCAACAUUCAUAAAAGACAAGUUCACUUUCAAUGUCUACGAAAAUUUGAGAGUUAUGGGCGAAGUUGGACGACUGCAGGUAGUAGAUAUUGAUGAGCCCCAGAACCGGAACACCAAAUACGUUUUUGGAUCAGAAAAACUCCAGGAAAUCUUUGAAAUUAGAACAAAUGCUCAGUCGAAUGAAGGAAUUUUUGUAUUAAAAAAGGCUCUGGACUUUGAGAGUGUAAAGCAAUAUAAGAUGAAUAUUCAGGCAAUUGAUCCCUCCAUUGUACUUGCGGUGGCAAAGCAACACAGGCCAAAAAGCAAUGCUGAAGUCAUCAUUAAUGUCCUUGAUGUGGAUGAGCCUCCAGUGUUCAAAAUGUCUCCUUACAAAUUUGAAAUUAAAGAAGAUACAAAAUUAAAUAAAAUUGUUGGCUCUGUCUUUGCAGAAGAUCCGGAUGAAGCCAAAAACAGUAUUAGAUAUUCACUCAGAAAUACGAAAGACAAUUUCUUCAUAGUAUCAAAUAAGGGCGAUAUUAUCGUUGACAAACCUCUUGAUAGAGAGACUAAUAACUGGCAUAAUUUGACUAUAGCAGCUGAAGAAAUUGAUCCAAAAAGUACAAUGAAGAAGGAAUCUUUAGUUCCCAUCUUCAUAAAAGUCCUUGAUGUCAAUGACAAUGCUCCAGAGUUUGCAGAACGCUAUGCAGCUAGAGUGUGUGAAAAUGCACCUCCAGGGAAGGUCAUAAUAAGAAUUUCUGCUGUAGAUAAGGAUGAAAUGACACCAGGAACAAAGUUUACAUAUUAUUCUGCAGAAAAGGAAAACAAUUUCACAGUGCAAGAUAAUAAAAAUAACACAGCAAGCGUUCUGGUAAAAUAUGGAGAAUUUAACCUAGACUUAGCAAAAGUUCACUAUUUGCCAAUUGUGAUUUCUGACAAUGGGAAACCUGAAAUGAGUAGUACCAACACCCUCACCAUUGGAGUCUGCAAAUGCAAUGAGAAAGGGGAAUACACAUAUUGCGAAGAGGUCGCCAAACAGACCGCAGUGUCUGGCACGAUGCUCGCGAUUAUAUUUGUGUGCUUGAUUGUCUUGUUAUUGGUGGCCAUAAUAUUUAUCUUAAGAAAAACACAGAAGACAAAAACCAACAUUUUAGGGAAAAAUGUAGCCGAGAUCCACGAGCAGUUGGUCACCUAUGAUGAGGAGGGAGGAGGAGAGAUGGAUACCAACAGUUAUGAUGUAUCGGUUCUUAAUUCUGUGCGCAGAAAUGUGGUCAGACAAAAGAGCGAGAAAGAGCCUCGUCCCAUGGCCUACCCCCAGCUCCAGAUACCGGCCAACAAUGGAGACAUGUCAUACGUGAUCGAAGUGAAGAAGGAUGAAGCAGAUAAUGAUGGAGAAGGUCUACCCUAUGACACCCUACACAUAUUUGGCUAUGAGGGGUCAGAAUCGAUAGUGGAAUCUCUCAGUUCGCUUGAAUCUGGCUCUUCAGACUCUGAUAUAGAUUACGAUGUGUUGAAUGAUUGGGGCCCCAGAUUUAAGAUGCUUGCAGAUCUGUAUGGCCUGGAACAGCUGGAAGAUUUUCCUUAUUAAUACCACCUCUGAAACACACAAUGAGACAUAAGACCACUAGUAUGGUUCAUUUUAAUCAUCAGUAUAGCCUUGUUUCAUAGAAUGCAUUCUUAUUCCAAUUUCCGAUGUUCUUUUACCAAGUUGAUGAUAAAACCUGGUACACAUAUUUUAAAACUGUCUAAUCUUUAAUCCAUUUGAAACUCAUCAUGUCACGUUAUAAAGGGGUAAGCCUAAUUCACUAAGAUAGGUUAAAGUGGAUAUGCAGGUGUUGUUUACAAUCAAUCCUUUUUUUAUUUUUUUUCCCCUGUAUUCCUCCUAAUUAUUUUAUAAUUUUUUUUAAUUCAUCUUAUUUUUUUAGUUUUACAUAAGAAAAAGUAGGGACUCAUUUUCUUAUGGGAAGUGUAAUCUUUGGCAAUCUACAGCAAUGUGCGGAGCUAAAACAAAGCGCCAUUUCGGUGGCUACCCCGAAUUUACCCACAAUCCCUCCAUAUACAAUAUCUCACAGAAGGGCAUCCCGUAGAUAUAAUUAACAGAGGAAAACAAAAUGGCAGCACUACAUACUGAGAAAGAUAAAAAAAAAAUACAUUAUAUAUAAACAAGGACAAGUGGCAAGAAGGGAAGUAUUAUUAUUAAAAUGCGAGGGGCAUAAGAAAAGGAAAAUUGUCAUCUUAAUAUAGUGUUUUUUAUGCUUAGACCCUGUCCCUGCAGGCUGACAAAUCUAAACAUUGACAUUUGCGAGAAACUGCAGUGUUUACAUUUGUCGCUAAGGAUGACUGUAGCAGCUGUCACCUCUAGAGGCACUUCAUUUUGAAGUGUUUAAUUAAAAGUCUUCACAUUCUGCAUUUCAAUACUUCUCUAAGAGAAGUAUUGGAUUCAUCUGAUUGCCUGAGUGUAGUGAAGAACCCUUCGGAUUGGACCAAAGUUCAUUUGGACAGAUUAUAUGAACGAGAGAGUAACUGCUGCCUGGCAGAGAGUGCCUGGUAUUGGGCAGUGUGUUUUUGUUUUAAAAAGAGAGGAUAUAAGGAACACUUAUUUUAUAAGUUAUCAAUGUGGGGUAAUCAUAAAUAUACAGCAUUUACAUUAUUCCCCACUAGAGAAUAAUACAUUUUAUCUUAAGACAAAGGCAAAUUCAUACUGAAAAUUAAAAUAUUACUGUAUGUAUUAUUAUUUAAAGGGACACUCCACACACCUAAGGCAAUUUAGCUUGCUGAAGUGAAUUAUGUGUGAAGAGUGUGUUCUCUUUUUUUUAUUUUACAGAAAGUGAAGAUUUCAAUUGAAAUUGGCACUUUUAUUAAUUAACCUUGUUACACCCCUGGCUGUUAAUCAGAAAAAGGCUCUGUUACUUCCUGGGUUGGUUAGCUCAGUGGAGCUAAACUCAAGAGGCAGGGAAUUGUCCAAAGACAUCUCAUUGAACUGCAUUGGGAAGUCCGUGAUUGGACAGCCACAGAAAGUCUGGGCGGGGUUGGGUUAAAAGGGGAGGGUUGGCAAAUGCUGCAGACAAGAGAUCAGCAGAUUUUGCAAGCUGUCAUUAGCUAUGCCCACAAUAAAAAAUGCAUAAUUAAGCGCAUGCAAGUUUUCAUUUGGCGUAUAUGUACUAAAUAUUCUUCUUGUUUUUUUUCAUUUAUUUUUUAUUUUUUUGAUCAGUGGAGUGUCCCUUUAAAUGAAAAAAAAACAUUAAAAAAAAUCUUAUGUUAUAGACAUAAGAUAGUAACACUUUUAAGUGCCAGAUUCUCGCUCAAACAUCUAAUGUAGAUAUAUUCUUAUGUAAAUAAAUAACCAUCACUGUAUAAUGGGUUCUAGUUGUACUGUAAAAACAGUAUUUUUCAGAAUGAACAUUCCUUUCCUUCAUUCUAGAACUGCACCAAAUAUUUUCUCUUUAAACUCUAACCAUUAUUAACACUUUAUAUUUUAUUAUAUUUAGUUACAUCCUCAGGGAUAUGUUUGUAUGUUUUCAAACAAUUACUUGAAAUUAUAUUCUGCCUAUUUUACCCCCUCAAAAUAAAAUUGGAGAGAAUAAAGAAUAUAAGGGCAUAUUUUUAAAUUCA